AUGGUGAGCGAAGCAGCGGAAACCUUUCGUCGUUCCUAUAAUCCGGAAACUGUGUCUUUAACCGGUGCAGAUGUGGGAGUAGUGUUGGCCUACUUUGUGGCUAUUUUGGCCGUAGGGGCAUUUGCUAUGUGGAGGGCAAACCGAGGGACAGUCGGCGGCUACUUCCUAGCUGGGAGAUCCAUGACUUUCAUUCCGCUCGGAGCAUCGCUGUUUGUCAGUAAUAUUGGCACAGAACACUUCAUUGGUCUCGCCGGGUCAGGGGCUGCCAACGGGAUAAGUGUCGGGGCUUGGGAGUUUAAUGCAAUCCUGCUGCUUCAGCUGUUGGGCUGGAUAUUUAUUCCCGUGUAUAUAGCAUGUGGGACCUACACAAUGCCUGAGUAUUUGUUUAAGAGGUUUGGAGGAAAGAGACUCCGAGUUUAUUUUGCCGUCCUCUCUCUCAUACUCUACAUCUUCACUAAGUGUUCCGGAGACCUGUUUACUGGUGCCCUGUUUAUUCAGCAGUCCCUGAGAUGGGAUCUUUAUCUCAGCAUAUUCGUCCUUGUCCUCAUCACUGGCAUCCUCACCAUGACAGGUGGUCUAACGGCUGUGAUAUACACUGACACCCUUCAGGCUGUACUGAUGGUAGGCGGAGGCCUCACGCUCAUGGGCAUGGCCUUCUCAAGAGUAGGUGGUUAUGACGGGAUGGUUCGUGGAUACCAGACAUCCAUGACGAACGAAACAUUCCGAAUCCCGAAUGCGACGUGUCACGAACCAGAUCCAAAUGCCUUCCGAAUGUUGCGCGAGGCCGAUGACGAUUAUAUGCCAUGGCCCGGAUUUCUUCUCGGUCAGACUCCGGGCUCGAUCUGGUACUGGUGUGCAGAUCAGGUGAUCGUACAAAGACUGCUGGCAGCUAAGAGCGUCUCCCAUGCUAAGGGCGCCACCCUGAUGGCGGGUUUCAUCAAAAUUCUUCCCCUCUUCAUGAUGGUCAUGCCUGGAAUGAUUAGUCGUAUUCUGUAUCCAGACGAGGUAGCAUGUGUAGACAAAGACAUCUGCUAUACGGUCUGUCAGAGCUACGCUGGCUGUACGAACAUUGCCUACCCGAGACUUGUACUCGGAAUCAUGCCGGAAGGAUUGAGGGGUCUUAUGAUGGCAGUGAUGAUAGCGGCCUUGAUGAGUGACCUUGACUCUAUCUUUAACAGCGCUAGCACGCUCUUUACGAUCGACAUUUAUAAAAGGGUCCGCAAAAAUGCUUCCGUCAGAGAACUUCUCAUCGUUGGAAGAGUAUUUAUUCUGGUGAUGAUUGGCGUUAGCAUAGCGUGGGUACCAAUCCUGAAGGAGACCCAAGGGGGCCAGGUUUUUAUCUACAUACAGGAAAUCACUAAUUACCUGGCCCCUCCCUUCGCCGCAGUCUUCCUCCUCGCUAUAUUAGUGCCACAGGUCAACGAGCAGGGGGCGUUCUGGUCGCUGAUGAUAGCGCUGAUUGCCGGAAUCACCCGGAUGGUGUUAGUGUUUGUUUACUACGACAGUGGAGAUUGUCUAAAUCCUGAUCCCCGCCCGGACAUCAUCAAAAACUUCCAUUACAUGUACUUCUCUUUAUUUAUCACCCUCAUGACAGCUGCACUGGCUAUCAUUAUCAGCCUCGCUACCGGCAAACCGGACCCCAAAUAUGUACACAGAACUACAUAUUGGACACGAUUCCUGAAACCUCUCCCCCGGGACUCACCUGCAGUAGAUACCAAGAAAGGUUAUGACAACCCUGCAUUAAGUACUGACGAUAUCGCUCUCCAGGUCCGUUCCGCAGGGUUAUCAGAGGUCAAAAAGGGCACACAAGAAACGGAACCCAGGAAGGUUUUCCGAGAUCCGGGACUAGAAAAAGGUCACCUCCCGCCAGGUAUUUGA